UCCUGGUCUGAGCGCAGCAGCCCCGCCGCAGUCUCGAACAGGGACGUCCAGGAAACGAGCUGCAUACUUGACAAGCAUUGCAGCCUAACUCGCUGGCUCCAAGGAAUGCUGCAGUUUCUGUAAAUGGGUCAUCUGGACCAUGCAUUAACUAGAGGUGUGGACAACUGACUCAACAAUGAUGAAAGCGGGCGCCACCAAGGGGGGGCUGCCCAAACCUGGACUCCAGAAGCAGACCUCCUUGGCCCCCUCUUCCACCUCCACCACCUCUACAGCCAUUAAGUCCUCCAGAUCCUCCAGCCUGCUGGCUUCAGACCAGCGCCUCAGCAGGCUAAAAAGAGCCAGCAGUGAUGAUGCCUUGACUAAGCCUGCACUUGGAAGCACUGCCGCUGGCUCCCGGAUGAAAAAGACUGUGACAACUGGUGCCAUUUCGGACCUUGCUGAGGCCCGACCUCGCAGCCUGUCUGGUGUUCAAGCAGCCAAGAAGUCCGGUAUCCCAGCUCCGAGGGAACUGCCUAUUACCCUAACGAGAGACCGCACCUCUCUGAGAGAGCAGCCGAGGAGCUCCUCCACUAAGAGGAUGGUUUCCAGCGCCAGCACCUCCAGCCUCUCCACCUUGGUCAAACAGACACGGAGCUCAACCAAGUCCCGUGGAGAUGCAGACACCCAGGAAAAGGGACUGCUGGAGUGUCAGGUGAAAGAGCUGCUGGCUGAAGCCAAGGCUAAAGACUUGGAGAUCAGCAAUCUUAGAGUGGAGCUGCAGCGCUGUCGGGGUAAAGCUUCUACGUCUUCUUCAUCACCCUCAUCUAACUCUGUCGCCCAUUCUGAGCCUGCUGCAGAUCGAGAGCAGGAGCAAGUGGCAGAGGCCCUUGUGCUCGUUGGGGAACUGAGGGAAAAGAAUGGGAAGUUUCAGAAAGAGCUGGCAGCCCUUAGAGAGGAAAACCAAGUGCUCAAGGAAAAGCUCAUAAGCCUGGAGGCCUCUCCUCUCUCUAAUACAAACACAGGCACCCACUCCAAGCCUUUAAUAAAUGGCCUGUCCUCAGACUCCAACUCCUCGGCUCCACAACAGGACAGUCUCCCUUCCAUCAGUCCCCUCAAAACCUCUGCUUCAUCCAGCUCCGACAUCACCAAAGGUUCCCCAUCACCUGACUCCUCAGAGUUUGAGAAGAUCCCCUCACGCUCAGAAUCAGUAAGCAGCAGCAUCAGUGGUGAAACCAGGGCGAUUAGAGUUGAUGAGGGGCAGGGGGUAUCAGUUCAGAGCCUAACGGAAAAAAUACACAAGAUGGAGGAGAGCCACCACAGCACAGCCGAGGAGCUGCAAGCAACUGUGCAGGAGCUGGCAGACCAGCAGCAAGUGGUGCAGGAACUGACAUCUGAGAAUGAGCGUCUGUCUGAGGAGAAGCGCCUCCUGCAGACCUCACUUCAGCAACAGAGGGAGCGCUUCGAGGUGCUGGCCCAGAAAAACGAGUCGCUGGCCGUCCGGCUCCAGGAGCAAACCCAAGCUCAGGCACAGAGAGAGGAAGAGCUGAGCAGCCAAGGGCCGCGGCUGGCCGAGCUCGAGCAGAGGUACGCCGAGCUGGUGGAGGGCUCGCGCUUUGAACGGGAGAAGCUGGUGGACAUCCAGCAGCAGCUGACCGGCAGCCUGCGGGCUCUGGAGGAGGAACACCAGGAGGCCCAGUCCCAGGUGCGCAGCCUCAGGGAGGAGAUGGACAGGUUGAAGGCCAAGCUGGACAGGGAGCUGGAAGCUGGAGGCCAGGCAGCGCAAGCAGCGGAGGAGCAGAAGGCCAUCGCAGACGGCCUCCGGCUGGAGAACAGUAGACUGAAGGCACAGGUGGACAUUGAGAGGCAAAAGGUGGGCGAGCUCAAGGCCAUGCAGAGCGCCAGCGACAGCACCGAGCUGCAGAGUCUGCUGAAGACAGCCCACACUGACAGAGACAAGCUGGAAGUGGAGCUGACGGAACUGAGGCAGCAGCUACUUCAGGCCCAGGCUGAGACUGAGCACGUGCGAGCCACAGUGUCCAAGGUGGAGGCCAAAUGCCAGCAGGUCCAGGAGCAGGCUGAGAGGAGGGAGCAGGAGUUGAGCGGCCAGGUGGCUUCCCUGGAGGAGGCUGGCGUUCAGGCUGAGAACCAAGUGAAGGAGAUGAAGGAGACCAUCUUUGAACUGGAGGACCAGGUGGAGCAGCAGAGGGCCGUCAACUGCCACACCAACCAAGCCGUCCUGGAUAUGGAGAAUCUUGUCAAAAAGCUGGAAGAGCAGAAGGCUGAAGCAGAGCGACAAUUUAAGAUCCUAAACAGACAGAUAAAGGAUGAGAAGGAGGAGUGGCGCCGCUUCCAGGCGGACCUCCAGACGGCCGUGGUGGUGGCCAACGACAUCAAGGUGGAGGCUCAGCAGGAGCUGCGUGCACUGAGGAGGCAGCUGCAGGAGGAGCAGGAUCGAAACGCCAAGCUUUCCUCAGACCUGGAGGCCCUGCAGGGAGUCAGGUCCCAUGGUGACGAGAUGAGGGCGUCCGACUCUGAUAACAGCCAUCACUGGUGCGGCAUCUCCAUGAUCCCGACCACACCCACAGACGCCAGCGGAGAUGCCGACUCAGAGCCCGGAGCUACUGUCAAAUCCCUCAUUAAGUCCUUUGAUACUGUUGGACAGAAUGGACCAGGCCACAGUGUUCAAAUGAUCUCCUCGGGAAGAAGCCCCCUGAGUGGGAUCCCAGUCCGCACAGCACCUGCUGCUGCUGUCUCCCCUAUUCAGAGACACUCGUACAUUAAGCCACUGUCAAAGACGUUAGAGAAAAGGAUCUGUCAUGGAGAAUUCUCUCAUCCUCUUGAGAAGCUGUCAGUUGGCUGCGGGGAAGACCUGAAACCUAAGAGCCUCAUGAGAAAGAGUCCAUCUCUGGAGUCUGUAAUCAAACCCCCCGCGUCCCUCAGCAGCCGCACUGGGUCCUUCAGCUACAACAGGAACAACAGUAAGCUCAGUGUGGAAAGAAAGGACCCCUUGGCUGCGCUGGCGCGGGAGUAUGGUGGAUCUAAGAGAAACGCUCUACUGAAGUGGUGCCAGAAGAAAACAGAGGGCUAUCCGAAUAUUGACGUGACAAACUUCAGCAGCAGUUGGAGCGACGGCCUGGCUUUCUGUGCUCUCUUACACACGUAUCUGCCCGCCCACAUCCCUUACCAGGAACUCAUCAGUCAAGAUAAGGUCCGGAAUCUAACCCUGGCUUUUCAGGCUGCAGAGAGCAUUGGCAUCAAACCCUCCCUGGGUGACUUCAUACCUGUGACAGCAGCGGCCGCACAUCCAGCCGUUAAAUCUUACAGAAAAGCAGAAUUCAACACACAUCGCUCGCCUCUGCUCUCUCUCCGUUCCCCGAGCAGGACAUGGAGGAGCUGAUGAAGACGGACCGGCCGGACUGGCAGAGCGUCAUGCACUACGUCUCUCAGAUCUACAAGUACUUUGAGACCUGAGCAGCUGGAGAGCGAUGGAGCUCCACGCUUGCGGCCCGUCUGUCAACAGCACAUUGACCUUCCAGACACUCACACGCGGACGGGAAACAGAACCCGCGGGCUCCGAGCGGGCCCAUCGGCACCUGGAGGCAGGCUCAGAUAAUGCUGCAGUGUGUUCUGUAGCUGUUGGCAGCACAAGUGGUUAAACUGAUUCAUAGUUUUCCAUUGCUUCAUAUUGAUUCACACAGGUUUUAAAGGUUUGUAAUUUGUUGCAUCUAUUUCCUGUCAGUCACUACAAUAACAUUAGAUUGGUUCAGGAUCGGUUACCGUGCCCCCCCCCCCCCCGACACUGAGCAUCACUGGCCAGUUCCCCCAGUUGUUGGUAUAAAUGUGCCAAACUAUGCAUGCUGCUGCUGCAGGGUUCCUCCUCACACACCAGUGUGACGUCUCCUUCACUGGAGUGAACCAGUGUGAACCGAGCCGGACCCGUUUCCUGAAAAGCGGUGAACUCAUACUGAGGGAGUACUGUAAAUUAGCUGGAACUGUCCUCCGAUCAGGAAGUAGACGAACUGUAGCGGUGAUGAUGUGACAGAGUUUUAUAGAAAUAUUUUUAAGAAUAAAGACUGAUUCUAUGUUUUUAGUGUGAAGGACUGACUGAAUGCAGUCUGAAAAAAUGGUUCUGGAGCAGCUUUGCAAAACAUGUGUCUAUAUAUUUCACUGUUAUGUUUUACUAUGGUAUGAGAGAAUAAGUUUACAUGUAAGGGUUCAGGUACAACACGUUGUCUCGCAGUUUUAAUUUCUGCGACAAAAGCCUUUUCAGGACACAGCUGUCGCCAUGUUUCUUGUGUAGCCUAUCGUUUCCAUGGAUACAGAGUGUGUUCUCAUCAAUGGUGAGGUUAGAGGGACACAUUCACUUACACAUUGUACAGUGUAUUAGCUGCAGUCAGGAAAUAUUUAUUUUAUAACUUAUUUAAAUGACUUCAUAUAUUGUUAGGGUUUUUCUUUUUUGUAUUUUCUCUUCCACCUUGCAGUGAAUUGUUUAAGAUUAAAUAUUGUUAAAAUAAAAACUUCCAUUGAUGAAAGGUUUUGGAAGAAAACUGUUAUUUAUUUAUCUCCAACUCGUGCAUUCUGAAAAGUGGGAAUGUGUCAAAUAGGUUUUCUAUUUGCAGGAGUCUGUUUGGAGGCCUGUUGGGUGAAAACUGCGCAAUAAAGGUUUGUCAUUUGUUUUCAA